CGAGGCUCGUGGCCCGCUUUCUCUUCCAAACGUUGCCACGGGCGUCGAUUACUCUAGCGAUGCACGGCUCAGCCCAGCUUUUGCCUGUUGUGAACAAGCGCAAGAAUAAGACGCUAUUGCUCCUGUGUCUCAGCUCGAGGUGGCUGACUCGCUGCGUCGUCAAGGGUCUGAGACAACCAAGAGAUGACAGGGGUGUUGAUUGGUUGGCGGCGAUCAUGAUGGCACUUGGCGAAAACUCUUCUAACGGACACCGACGUUUGUCCGAUUCUAGAGUACGAUUGCUCCAGUGGUUUUGCUAGAACGGUGGGGUACUGCAGGGAUUUGAACCCUUGAAGCGGUACCUAGUGAAAAUAACCAUCCUAACAGCAGACUCCAAAAGAUUCGUUUAGAUUAUCAGCGCUGAGGGGCGUCAGAGAUUAGUGCGAGGGGAUCACAAGAUCAAAAACAUGUGAUCUUCUAGAGGGUUAGAACAUUUCAGACAUGAGACUUGAUUUAUGUUUAUGAUAGGUAUUUUGAACCCAACAAAACCUCAACUACCUUGAUGUGAG